UCCUUCUCAAAUUGAAAAAGCCAACCAAGAAAGCACAACAGAAAAGGAAGAGCAUGCAAACCAGCUCGUACUUGCUCUCAUUUUUCUCCAGCUCGAUUACGAAUUAAGCUUCCAUUGCUCUCUUUCUAUAAUACCAUAAAGGCAUAAACCAAAGAUCGAGUAUCAUCCAUUGUUUUCAUUUGUCUUCCGAUGUCAGUCUUCCCUGCACACUUCUGGCUAGCAACCUUCUUUAGUUUUACUUCGAUCAUUGCUCUAAAUACUUCUCAGUUUUUAAAGUCGUAAGAAAGGUUUUAUUCAAAAAAAAGAAGAAAAAGAAAAAGAUAUGCAUCCCCAUUCAUACUCUAUCUAGUGUUGGGUGGAGAAUUUGAUCGAAGGAGAUACACACCUUAUUCGUAGGUCGUCAGAGGCAUGGCAUUUCUUAGGGAAAUUGGUACUGCAAUUGUUACAAAGCUAGCUGAGUACACAGUUGAGCCAGUUAUACGCCAAGUGGGUUAUGUGAUCUGCUACAAAAACAACCUCAAAGAACUACAAUCUCAAGUUGAUGACUUGGUUGAUGCUAGAACAAGCAUGCAGCAUUCUGUCGAAGCAGAGGAAAGAAAAGGUAAAAAGAUUGAAACAGGAGUCCAGAACUGGCUGACUAAAGCGGAACAGUUGACUAAGGAAGCAGAUGAGGUGAAAGCUAAACACCUCGCACAGACCAAGUGUCUACAUGGCUUUUGUCCUAAUCUAAAGCUUCGUCAUCGUCUAAGCAGGAAAUCAACAAAAUUGGUCCAAGAGGUGGCUAAGCUUUGUGAGAAAAAGAAGACUUUUGAUAAUAUUGCAUAUGUUGCUCCCUUAGAAGAGGUGUGUGCAAUAGCUAUCCAAGAUUAUGAGGCCUUUGAUUCAAGGACUUCAACUGCGAAGGCUGUAAUCAACGAACUAAGAAAUUUUAAUACCCAUACGAUUGGGGUGUAUGGUAUUGGGGGUGUCGGAAAGACGACACUUGUUAAAGAGGUGUAUAAUCAAUUAGCUGUAACAAGUGAGAAGCUGUUUGAAGAGGUAGUUAUGGUACUCGAUCUUAAACAGAAUCCCAGCAUCGAACGAAUUCAGAAAGCAAUUGCGGAGAAGUUAGGCCUCGAGCUUCCUGAAACUGGGACCUCAGGAGGAAGAGCAAGUCUAAUAAGUAACAGGAUCAAAAACAAAAAGACUCUUGUGAUCCUAGAUGAUGUCUGGGAGAACAUUGAUUUGGAGGCUGUUGGUCUUCCUCGCAUGGCAACUCUCAAAAUCUUGUUGACUUCACGAAGUAAGCUAGUAUUAGCUAAAGACAUGGGUACACAAAAAGAGUUUCCUCUCAAAGUAUUGAACAAAGAAGAAACUUGGAGAUUAUUUCAGAAAAUGGCGGGUGAUAUUGUUGAAAAGCCAGACAUACAAACUAUAGCAGCCAAAGUGGCUGAGAAAUGUGGAGGUUUACUGCUUUUGAUAGUGACUGUUGCAAGAUCUCUGAAAGAUAGUCCAUUACAUGACUGGAAAGAUACUUUCAGACGACUGAAGAAGUUUGAUGGAAAAGGACUGGAAGAAAAAACAUACUCUGCCAUAGAGUGGAGUUACGAUAAAUUGAAUAGUGAGGAGCUUAAGUCGGUAUUUUUGCUUUGCGCAAGUGAGGUUGGGAGGGCCAAUGAUGUUGAUAUCCUUGACUUGUUGAAAUACAGUAUGGGGCUGGGUUUCAUAAAGAAUGUAGAUACAAUGGAAGAAGCACGGGAUGCAUUGAAUUCACUGCUUAUGAAGCUUCAGUAUUCUUGUCUGUUGCUAGAUACUGACGAUAAGCAAUUGGUCAGAAUCCAUGAUCUUGUCAAACAUGUUGCUCAACAUAUUGCUGCUAGAGAUCAUCAUGUGUUAUCAGUACCUUAUGGAAGUGAGUUGAGAGAAUGGCCAGAUAAGGAAUUCUGCAAAAAAUGCACUUGGAUCUCUCUCAUAUACUGCCAAACUCCCGAGCUUCCUCAAGUUCUGCAAUGCCCAGAACUAACAAUGUUUCAUUCAAGCAGUGUUGAUGUUGACUCCCGUGAAAUUCCAAGCAACUUUUUUAAAGAGAUGAAGAAACUCAAAGUUUUAGAUUUAACUAAACGGAGUAUUGCAUCGCUACCUCCAUCUCUUAAAUGCCUCAAAGAUCUUCACACGUUGUGCUUGGAUCAAUGCACGUUGGGAGACCUUGCUCUAGUUGGUGAGUUACAUAACUUGAAUAUCUUGAGCUUGUUAUAUUCCAAGUUCAAAGAAUUACCUAAAGAGAUAGGGAAAUUAACUCGUCUACGAUUGUUGGAUUUGACCUGCUGUUCUCAACUCGAAGUGAUUUCACCUGAUGUUAUAUCCAAGUUGAAACGACUCGAAGAGUUGAGAAUGGGAAAGAACAGCUUUAACAAAUGGGAGGCUGGAAGAGUCGGCGAGACUAAAAGAAGUAAUGCAAGCCUUGAAGAGCUAAAGUACUUGCCUCGGCUAACCGCAUUACAUAUACAUAUCCCAGAUGCCACCAUACUUCCAGCAAAUUUGUUCACCACUAGUAAGUUGGAGAGAUUCCAAAUAUGUAUUGGUUCUAUGUGGAAAUGGGAUGAUGUUGAUGAAGCUCUCAAUGCACUAAAGCUCAAGCUCACUACCAACAAUGAAUUGGACCAAGGUCUAACAAUGUUGCUCAAAAGAACUCAAGACUUGUACGUGGAGGGGAUGGAGGGUGUUAAUGACAAGUUUUUCCGUGAAUUAGCCACAGGAGGUUAUCAGCAAUUGAAACAUUUACAUGUCCAAAACAAUGCUAAAGUGGCAUACACCAUUAAUGAGAAGGUUGGUUUUCCUAACUUAACAUGGUUGGCGGUGAGUGAGCACAACGGUUUAAGAUUCUUGUUAUCAUCUUCAAUGGCUAGAAGUUUAUCACAACUAAAACGUCUUCAAAUUUCCGGAUGUCAAAUCAUGGAAGAGGUAAUUUCAAUAGAAGAAUCUAAUCAAGAAAUUGCCCAUAACUUCUUUCCCCAACUACAAGAUCUGGAGCUAAAAGGCCUUCCAAACCUCACUAAACUCUGCUCAACAAGUUACGUUGAAUUGCCAAAUCCAUCCUAUGAGAGAUUGCAAUUAGAGGACAGUACUGCAACUGGUGGCAUCUGUGAAGAAUUUGAAGAGAUUCACUCAAAAAGAAACCUUGAUAUUGUGAGGCAACACUUUAUUUUUGAAAAUAAGGUGGAGUUUCCAAACUUGAAGAAGUUAUCCCUUAAUGGCCUAGCAAAGUUGACGACAAUAUGGAACAAUCAUCUUUCUCUAGGGAGUUCAAAAAACCUAGAGACAAUAGAGAUUGUUUCGUGUGACAAUUUGAAGAGUGUUUUUCCAGCUUCUGUGGCCAAAAGUCUUCAACAGUUGAGGAGUCUAGAAGUGAAAAAUUGUGGGGUUGAGGAAAUCAUUUCACAAGAAGAGGGUGUACUGAUAGCACUUAUGUUUGUUUUUUCAAAAUUAUCAUAUGUGAGAUUUGAGAACUUGCCCAAACUCAAGAGCUUCUAUCCAGGAUUUCAUGAUUGUAAGUGGCCGUCACUUGAAACUUUGGCAGUGUAUGAUUGUAAUGAAGUGCAUAUAUUUGCGGAUGGUACGCGUGUGUUAAAUAAUCUCUAUACCCCAGAUAAACAAUCUCUGUUUUUACUUGAGAAGGAUUCAUUCCCGAACUUGGAAUAUUUAGGCUUGGACGUACUGGAGAACUGGGAUAGUCCGCCACUCCACUUGUUGAGGAACCUCAAGCUUCUUUGUAGUAAAGCACACACCAACUCAUCUUUGAAUUCCCUUGAGCAACUACUUGGUCUUGAAAAAGUCAAUGGAGAAAUACAUGCAGCUGGGAAUGCUACCUUUCCGUUUUUAAGAGAGUUGCACCUUCACGGGAUGAGGAAUCUGAUGAAUCUUGGGGAUGAUAGCUUCGGACUAGCAGGCCUAUAUUUUCCAAAAGUGGAAAUUCUAGAGCUAGAGGAUUGUGACAGCUUAAAGAAUUUAAGAUCAUCAGCAAUAUCUUUCAACAAUCUAACAACAUUGCAAGUAAGUCGUUGUAAGGGAUUGAACUACCUGAUAUCUUUAUCCAUGGCCACAUGUUUGAUGCAACUCACAAAACUAGAAGUUGGUGAUUGUGAGGAAAUGAUAGAAAUAGUUGCAAGCAGUGGAAAUGAUGAUUUAGCAAAUGAGAUUGAAUUCAGGGUGUUGAAACAUUUGGAGCUGUCUAAUCUACCAAGUCUGAGAGGCUUUUGCUCGGGAACUCACAUUGUCAAAUUCCCCUGCUUGGAAAACUUAUCGAUGACUAGUUGUACUCAACUGGAGGGAUUCAUCUUUGAUUCUACGGAUAAAAGUACACUCGGCAACGAUAUCGAAGACGCCAACUCAAAUGAAAACACUGACACUGGAGUAGUGCAACGAUUCCUUUUGAACAACAAGGUUGAACUACCGAGGUUGAUGAGCUUGUCACUCAAGGGUCUAACAAAGUUGACCGCAAUAUGGCACAAUCAACUAUCUGAUAACUCUUUUGACGGUGAAAAUCUAAACUCGGUAGAAAUUGAUUCUUGUGAGAGCUUGAAAUAUAUAUUUCCAGCGACCGUGGCCAAAAGACUUGAGAGGUUAAGCAAGUUGAUAGUGAACAAGUGUGGAGUGGAGGAAAUCGUUGCAAUCGAAGGGGAACCACAAACAAUGCGGAAGUUUAUUUUCCCAAAAGUCACCUGUGUGAAAUUUACAGAACUCCCCAAUCUUACAAGUUUCUAUCCAGCCAUGCAUGCUUCCAGUUGGCCAGCACUUCAAAAGUUGGAGGUUCUUGGAUGUUACAAACUAGAGAUUUUAGCUGAGACACUUGCAAGCUUCCAAGGGAAAUACGAGUCAAACCUGUCUGCUCCAAUUAAACAAACUCUCUUUACAAUUGAGAAGGAGAGUGACAUGCUCUUUCAACCUGCCAAAAGAUUCCUGCCUGCAAUCCAAGAGAUACGCAUACUGUUGGAGGAAAUAGCAAGAAAGAUUGAAGGUGCAAGAGUAGAGGACAAUAGAUUCUGCAUCAGUGUACAUUACCGGAAUGUCCGGGAAGAGGAUUAUGACAUAUUAGAAGAAAAGGUGAAGGCUGUGAUUGAAACUUAUCCUGAGUUUCACCUGACUCGGGGUAAAAAGGUCCUGGAGGUACGACCAUCUAUAGAAUGGAACAAAGGGCAUGCGCUUGAAUAUCUACUUGACACCCUUGGAUUCAGUAACUCAGGUGACGUCCUCCCAUUGUACAUAGGGGAUGAUCGAACAGAUGAAGAUGCUUUCAAGGUGAUAGAAGCCAGAGGACAGGGAUUUCCAAUAAUCGUGUCCUCCACCCCAAAGGAAACCAAAGCUGCUUAUUCUCUGCACGAUCCAUCGGAAGUGUUGACAUUCUUAGAGUCAUUCCCCAACCUGGAAUCUUUAGGCUUGGGCAUAAUGGAGAACUGGGAUAGUCCGCCACUCCAUUUGUUUAGGAAGCUCAAAUCUCUUUAUACUUAUGCACACACCAACUCAUCUUUGAAUUCCCUUGAGCAAUUACUUGGUCUUGAAAAAGUCAAUGGAGAAAUACAUGCAGCUGGGGAUGCGACCUUCCCGUUUUUAAGAGAGUUGCACCUUCACGGGAUGCGGAAGCUGAUGAAUCUUGGGGAUGACAGCUUAGGACUAGCAGGCCUAUAUUUUCCAAAACUGGAAAGUCUAAAGCUAGAGGAUUGUGACAGCUUAAAGAAUUUAAGAUCAUCAGCAAUAUCUUUCAACAAUCUAACAACCCUGCAAGUAAGUCGUUGUAAGGGAUUGAACUACCUGAUAUCUUUAUCCAUGGCCACAUGUUUGAUGCAACUCACAAAACUAGAAGUUGGUGAUUGUGAGGAAAUGAUAGAAAUAGUUGCAAGCAGUGGAAAUGAUGAUUUAGCAAAUGAGAUUGAAUUCAGGGUGUUGAAACAUUUGGAACUGUCUAAUCUACCAAGUCUGAGAGGCUUUUGCUCGGGAGCUCGCAUUGUCAAAUUCCCCUGCUUGGAAAACUUAUCGAUGACUAGUUGUACUCAACUGGAGGGAUUCAUCUUUGAUUCUACGGAUAAAAGUAGACUUGGCAACGAUAUCGAAGACGCCAACUCAAAUGAAAACAUUGACACUGGAGUAGUGCAACGAUUCCUUUUGAACAACAAGGUGAAAUAA